UUUUCUUUGAUCAUUCAUCUUGUUUGCCUCUUAUAUUUUUGCUUUUGUUGUCAAUAAAGAGACGAGAUAGAUUUUUAAGAUUAACUACACAAUGAUCCGCAUCGGGACCAAUGCUCUCACAUCUGGGCGCAGCAUUACACGCGCAUCAAUGCUCUGCCGGAAUUUUUCCAAAAUAGAGACCGACGGCAAUACACGGCUAGCCAAGCCCUGGAGCGGAGACAUUCCACGGCCCAAGGCACCAAUUCACCUUGAGUCGCCUGCAAGCGCGCAGGCUUUUGUCGAAUACUCGGCAGAAUAUUUGAGUUCAGGGCUGGACAAGCAGGACAUAUUCGUGUAUCCUGAUUUUGUAACCACCUCUGAGCACGACCUGCUGGUGAAGAGCUGCGAGAAUAAGCUCAAGCGGCUGGCUAGCACAUACGAAAUGGGACAUUUUGACAAGAGAAUCCGCAAUUACCGCGAGUGCUCGGUCAGCGCUUGGCUGCCGCAGAAGAGGGGCAUUGGCGCCCGCGUAGCCGAUGCCAUGGGCAAGUCGAUUGACCCUGAUCCCGUUGAUCUGCCUGACAGGGAUGCAAAGGGCGGAUCCAGCGGAUGGACGACAGUCGGCAAGUAUGAUGGCCAGAUACGGCAUAUUCUGGACCGCGUCUGGGACCUGUUCCCUGCGAGCUACGCCUGGCUGCCGCCGCAUAUCCUGGACCUUCACCAGGACGGGGAAAUUCUGCCGCACGUAGAUAACCCGGACUACUCAGGGUUCGCCGUCGGCGGGCUGUGCCUGCUGGGCCCGGCUGUCAGCACAUUUAAGCAUGUUGAUGACCCGAGAAUUCGCGUGGACGUCCUGCUGACCCCAAAGAUGCUGUACUUUAUGACCAACAGAAUCAGGUACCAGUUUACUCACGAGAUCACUGUGAAUCCUGAGCAGAGAACGUGGCAGGGCAAAACUGUGCCCAAGGCCAGGCGCAUCUCGCUCAUGUUCAGAGACGCCAAGGAGCCGGAUGCCGGCUGGAAAAGCCUCGCCAGUUAGGCCUGUGGCACUUAUUUUAAAUGGAAAAUAUAAACUUUCAAAAAA